GCCCUUUGAAGAUCAAAAACAAUCCACAUAUUGCGGUGAUAAAACAUUGCUUUUCGAGUAAAAAUACGCGUCAUCCACAGAAAAGUAUCGUCGAUUGUAGUACGAAGAGAAUGGAGAAACGGAAGGGACGCCUAUUCGAAGGCUUCUGGAUGCCUGUGCUGAGUAGAGCCUAUAGCGAACGUACAACAGGCCUCGUUCUAACGGUUUGCGUCAUCGCGACGGAAUUGGCACGGUGGCCAGCGCUGGCCGAAGAACCCGACAGUUUGCGUGAAAGCGAUUCGCGUGAUUUCGGUGAGCGUAGUGACUGUGCACUUCUGCUCAAACGGCACUAUGUACCACAUGGGCAAAAAGACCCCAGUUAUAGUGAUCUAUACAGUGGCACGUACGGAAAUGGCGGCGGCAGUGCUAAUGACAAAGGUUACUACAAUGACAUAGAGCCAUACGAGGUGAUCUGCAUCAAAUACUCGGACGUUAAUAAGGCAGCAAUGGAAGCUAAGAAGCGACUCAACUUCAUCCGUCCGCGUGGAAUCGAUGAUCCAUUGCCAACUGAACGAGACAUUGCAUUAACUGGAGAACUUAUUCUUGAAACUACAAGAAUUCUUUCAGCUAUGUUUCGUCUCACUUACGACGAGAUCGCGAACGCUUUACCUCUUGUGGAUGUAUCACGUACAGAACUCUGGGAUGCGUGUCCUGCCCAUGUCAAACCAAUUCCGUGCACCGUUGAGCGAUUUCGCACACAGGACGCAAGAUGUAACAAUAUUAAACACCCCUCCUGGGGAGUCACCAAUACGCCCUUUGUCCGAUUUCUGCCCCAGGUCUACAGUAACGGUAUCGAUGGACUGCGCAAAGCACGUGAUGGAGGUGAUCUGCCGAAUCCAAGAGCAAUUUCAAACUUCAUUCAUCGGGACUUCGAUGAGGCUUCGCCUAGGCUGACCAUCCUGGUGAUGUCUUGGGGACAGUUUAUUGACCAUGAUCUCACGUUAGCUGCACCUCCCCGUGAUGAACAAGACCUCGACUUCGACUGUUGUGGAGUACCCCCAGAAAUGCAGCAUCCUUUAUGUCUCACGAUAGACGUACCGCCCAAAGACCCUUUUUAUUCAAGAUUCAAUCGACGGUGCAUUGAAUUUAAAAGGAGCCUCGCAGGACAACGGCCCAAUUGUGCCCUUGGUCCCCGAACACACAUUAAUACCUUAUCGCACGCGGUGGACGCAAACUUCAUCUACGGAUCAUCCGAUGCCCUUUCUGCCCGCCUGCGUGCUUUCGAUAGAGGACUGAUGCGGACGUGGGAUCGCUUUAGGGACCUGGGUCUUAAGCCUAUCCUUCCACCGGAAAGUGAAAACCCUGAGCGUGAUUGCAUCGGAAGGCCCAGAAACCUUUUUUGCUUUAUCGCCGGUGACGAGCGCGUUAACGAACAGAUCCAUUUAACUGUUCUACACACAUUCUACGUCAGGGACCAUAACAGAUUUGCUUUGGAGUUGGGUCGACUCAAUCCGCAUUGGGACGACGAGAGAACAUAUCAAGAGACACGCCAUAUUCAAGCGGCCAUGGUCCAGUACAUCGUUUACCAUGAAUAUCUCCCGAUGGCUCUCGGCCCCGAACCCAUGCAGACAUACAACCUUACACUUGUGGAAGAUGGCUAUUGGGAUGGGUAUGAUCCGGACGUGAACUUCGCAUUGACCAACAGCUUCCAAGCUGCAGCGUUCCGCUUUGGCCAUACGUUCAUCCAGGGGAUGAUUCGAAGAUAUAAUAAGUACCACGAAUUUCUCGGCCAGACGCCUUUGCGGGAACAUUUACAACAACCCUUUGUUCUGUACGAGCCCGGCAAACUAGACGAAUUAGCAUUGGGCCUUAUCAAUACGCCUGCACAGACAUAUGACCCUUUCAUCACUCAGGAGGUAACGGAGCAUUUGUUUCAAGACCCAGACGAAGGUUUUGGUCGAGAUCUUAUAUCUAUAAAUCUCCAGAGGGCUCGAGAGCAUGGAGUGCCAGGUUACAACGCGUUUCGUGAAUGGUGUGGCCUGGGCAAAGUCGAAACCUUUGAAGAACUAGAGCCGUUUCUCAGUAAUGGCACAGCUAUGCGAUAUUCGAAGAUUUACGAGCAUCCAGACGACAUCGACUUAUGGUCUGGCGGUAUCUCAGAGCGAAUUAUUGAAGGCGGGAUGAUUGGGCCAACAUUUGCCUGCGUUGUGGGUCGGCAGUUUCAAAAUCUCCGACGAGGUGAUCGUUUUUGGUUCGAGAACCCUAAUCUGCCUUCAUCAUUCACCCCAGAACAACUCCGCGAAAUUCGAACAGCGUCACAGGCGAGGAUCAUCUGUUCGAACGGAGACGAUAUUCCGACAAUCCAGAGAUUCGUUCUUCGGCUCGCACACCCAGUUUAUAAUCCGCGGGUUCGCUGCGAAGAACUGCCUGAACCGGACCUGAGCCUGUGGAGAGAAGAUCCGCGUUCGGGACAAUGGCCCACCAACAGUGAUUUCUACAAGAAAAAAAAGAAGAAAUAGGUGCAACAACAUCCUCUCGACGACAGAUAUUAUGUUCGAAAUAAAUAGCUUAGUGACAUUUGUACUUUCUUACAAGUAAGUUUACUUGAGUGACUGUCGCACGUUUCGUGCGUUUUUCUCGCAUGGGACUCUCCUCCCAUCAAUAUUAUGUCUCAAACAGUGACUCCAACACGUUUCCCGUAUAGUGGAGGCUAUAUUAUAGGCCUCGCGAUUAGUGACGCAUGCAUUUAGGCCGUUGCCGCGACGCUGACACAUACUCUAGCAAUGAAAGAAAAAAGUAUGCCAGACACAGAUGUGCACAGGAGCCUGACAAAACGUGUUUCUCAUAUAAUUUUUGGCCUUCUUACACUAUCCGAAUCGACUUUUCUGGAAAAUGCAUGCAUAUUUUCGCAUAAUAUGUAAAACAAGGUUUCUCAGAGGGCGCCCAGCCUUGACGAACUUGAAAAAGAAAAGCACCUGGAAUACAUCACGCAAGGUUGCCAAAAAGACGUUGCGUUUCUUUGCGGACAUGUUCAAAUAGUUGCGUAAUCCCAUGGCAAGUUCUCUAGUCUUUUAAGCUACGUUUGUUUCAGCCGGAAUGGAAACUAACAGAUCUGCCUC